GUGGCUAUAGACGUACUGUCUCCACGACCAGGAGUCACAAUCGCAAUGGCAGGACCACGGCUGAGGGAGAAUCGAUGGCGGGUAUUACGGCUGAGGCGACAGUCUAUGUCGGCGACCGGUUGUUCGAUACAAAUGAUAGGGUCAGCGUCAGGAGCUCCGAUGACGCGGCCGCUAUGUUUCCGACCGUAUCGACAUUACGUAGUAGACGCUCAAGAGAUCGGAAUAACAAAACGAGUACGAGGACCACAACAUCAAUCAUGGAAAAACGCGCUUUAUACUGCAGCUACCCUACUUCCUCGGUCAUACACGACAUCAAGAUCUUCUUCAACUGCGAGUGGUCAACAUCUUGCCGGAAACACUACUUCAUCCACAGGUAGUUAUUUUGGUUCACGACCUCUAGAUGAGUCUCCUGACGCUAAUGCCUAUCAAAAAUAUCAUCCGGAAAUGGAAAUCCGACGUAGACGUAGCAGUUCUUCAGUAUUUUCUGACUGGUGCACAACUUUCUCGGAUCUGGAGGUCCAUCCUUCCUUGUGCCAAGCGCUGCGCAAGUGUGGCAUAUCGCAUCCUACACGCAUCCAGGCAGACAGCUGGGCUACGCAAAUGGGUGGAACUGAUACCAUUUUGCGCUCUGAGACGGGGUCAGGGAAGACCCUCGCGUACUUGCUACCCGUGCUCAAUCGCAUAUACUACCAACAAGAAAGAGGGAGUGGUAUGGCUACGGCAGUUGCAUCCUCACGACACGAACGUCAAUCAUUCCUCCUGGGUUAUUUUUUAAGUUCAGGCGAAUAAUAGAAACGGGCAGCUGUACAGGAGGAAUGCUCAACAUGCUGGCUUCUUCAUCAAGGAUGCGACUGCGGUAGCUCCAAGAGUGGGAGUGCUGGCAGUGGAGGUAGUGCUGUUGACCGUGACUCGCGAUUGUUUUUCUCCUCAAGCUCUCCUGGUGCUGGUGACGAUGAAUAUCACCAUGAAUCGCGUCCGGUGGUCAUUGUGACGCCAACAGCGGACCUCUGUGCUCAGGUUAUCAGUGACAUCCAGCGGAUCGACAGACUGGGCUUGAAUUCUGUCGUCAUUCAGAGCUUGUUAAGGCUUCAAAAAGUCCACCCCAGCUAUCGUUCUCAGUCCCCAUCACGAGGAUCUUGGGUCUGUUUCUUGAGGGAAAACAGGCACCAUGGUGCUCUACUAGAUCACAUGGAUUUCAUCUAGCGCUAAGCGUGGGGACAAGCUGGGCUCGCAGUUUUCUGGACGAAAAUGGCGAUGGCGUGCUGACUACCACAGGACAGCAGGGCGCGCAGUUGAUAGCGUCUCCUCGGGUGCGGUGGGGUGCCGUUGAUAUCGUUGUGGGGACACCAACGAAAUUCGCGGAAGACCUACCACAAUUGGCCAGAGACGGAUAUUUUCCGGAAACCCUUGUCCUGGACGAGGCGGAUCUUCUCUUUCAUGGCGCCUCGAGGACCUACAUCUACGAUAUCAUUGUAUGGCACCAUUCCCAUUAUUCAUAGUAGCUAGAUAUAAUCCUACUAUUACAACUUGUGAUGCAAGCGUCCGGCAGCUCUUCCUCGACUAGAAUCUUCCCCAUUGCUGCUCCUCGUCCUUCGAGGCGCGCCUCCCCAUCUACUCUUCAGCCUGGUGCUCCCAUUGCGGCGCCGAGCUGCUCGAGGGAAGUCGGUGCGUUCUUUUCCCAGUAUUUGCAAAAUGUGCCGUUAAUUUUGAAAAGUUUUUAAGCCAAGAGACAUGCAAGUCAAUAAUUGAAUUUCUAUUUAUUUUGGAUAAAAUCAAAUUUUUUUGGUUUUGAUGAGCUUCAAACAUGUAUGUUUGGACGUUGAAGAGUUUUCAAAGUUCAGCCUUUCUUAGAGUGCUGAAAAUUACAUCAUUUUUUAUCCUUAACGUCAUCGAGAAUCUUAGGUUUGUUUUUUAAUUCAAACGCUUCAAAAUCAAUCCAAGCACGUCGUCGCUUUUCAAGUCGCAAGUGCGUACUUUUGAAACUUACAUUUUGGCAAAUUUUAGAUUUUCAACAAACAACAUUUUUCAAAUUACAUGUCCAAAAUCCUAAAAUUCUGAUUUUAAGCUGUUUAAAUCAAAUUCAAACAUACUCGGCGGCAAAUAUUCACAAGAACAAGGACUAUGCGCAUGUCCUAUGGGUCCCAUGGGUAUGAGAACUCUCAGGGAGUUGCAGGAAUGUUUUCCUUUCAGCUGGUUUUGCACCCUGGGUAGUACUAUGCACUGCGCACUUCUCGUAUUACUUUCUACUGGAGAUGAGUAGUUACUGUGUUUUCUUCCUAAAAGUACGUUCUCUCUUCAUGAAACCAGCACCUUCGACCACGACUACGAAUUCGACAGCCGGGCGAGAGCAGAGCAGGCCUGAUGCCUCCACUGGUGAAAACGCAAUUUGUGUUCUCUGCUGCUACAAUGGUCCAUCUUGGGCCCUUAUCAAUCGGCAACAUGCUGAUCGAAAGAUUCUGCACCGCGGAAACUAUUGCCCCAGAAACUGACAAAGUCAGAUUAGAAUCAGCGGGAAGCGGAACUCGAAGUCGGACAAGUACAGGUUCUUGUACUACCGCCACCGCGAACAACUCUAUCAAUUUGUACAACGUCCACGACGACAGAAACACCAAGCUCAAAGGUGGAAUGGACAACCACGAUCCAGAUAGUGGAAGUGGAAAUCCCUUUGACAAUGAAGAAUCUUCACUUUGGAAUUCCACAAAUGUGUCCGGUAUCGGCGGAGGGAGCGAUAACCACCGAUUAUGGCAGAAAUACAAAGACACCUUCAAAUGACUUUGUAGUUGUUGGUACGAGAAGAUGAAAUAAAAAGUACAAAUACUAGUACAGAUGGAAUAUUAUGGAGCAGCCUUCGAUCAGCACUGAGCACUAUUUUGGUGGUUCUAAUCAGACUGCCAGAUACUGUUGCGCUGCGGUGGAUUCAGGACGCAUCUGCAGACUGGGAUGCACGAGUACAGCAAUUACUUGAUCUGCUCCGCGAACGACAGGUGUUAAGAAAGGAAAAGCUGUCAUACUAAGAGAAAGGCCAUUGUAGAUGAUUGACCAUACGUCGAAGUAUGCCACUGAGCAAUAUACCACUCCCGUACAAAGAUCUUCUUCUUCAUCUCAUAUUUAUACGUUAAUUUUUAGGUUGUUUAACCCUCCACCACCUUCAUACAGACAGACGCUGAGAAGCCACAAUGAUGAAAACGAUACAGGACUGGAUGCGGAGAAGACGCUGAUAUUCGUAAACAAGACACGGAAUGCGGAGAUUCUCACGAAAACCCUUGCUGACAAAAAGUGGCCCGUUGUUCAAUAUGCCAGCGGGCCGCGGAUCGGUGCUCGGAUGCGCGAUGCCAGAAAAUUCCACUCGGGCGAGGCAUCAUAUGUUAUGUCUCGUAGACGAAGACGGUAAACUAGAUCUAGAUCAUACUAGAGAUAGAGUAGUGUCAUGAGUGCAGGAGUAUACUAGUACUAGUUCCUUUUUGGCAUGUGGAUGUCGUGCAUCCGCUGAUUGUUUCGAGGAUUGUCUUCAAACCAGUUGUGCUUCUCUAUUUCUACUUCAUCUUCAUACUAGUACUAUUACUCACCCUUCCUCCUGAUUUUCGUUUGUUUCAUAAAAUUCGUGUGCACAGACCUUGGUGGACGCGGCAUAGAUUGGCGCAACGUGGCACACGUCGUGAAUUUCGAGAUGCCUCGCGACGCGGUUGCCUUUCUGCACCGCGCGGGCCGGACGGGGCGCAUGGGUCGAGAGGGUCUCGUAACGAGUUUCGUAGAGCCCCAACGCGAUCGAAAUCUGUGUGAUCUUCUGCGGCGCAACUUGGAUCACCUAGAGCGGGCUUUUUCCGUAAAGCGCAGCCAGCGGAAACGACGGCGCCGUGCCGAAUUCCUCAAUAGUUCGCUGAUAACCGGAAUUGAUACCACAGAUUAUGCUGGAGAAGACGAAGGUGAUGAUGAUCAUGUCGACGGACACCGACGCGGUACAGAAAGAGAAAUUAGCCAUCUUUCAGGAGAUAGAAAUCAGAAUGGUCGUGAUCGCGGUUGUUCUGGAGACUCUUUCCAAUCGACGAUCUCUGUGGGUGACAGGAGGGUAGAUGCACAGCUGAAUACCAUCACGUGGAGGCACUCGGAGGAAGCUGCAGAUGAACCACGAGCGUCUACAAGUACAACACCCUUUAGCGAGACUUGCCGAGCACAUCAUGGACAGCAAAAGGAGUCUUCAUCUUCCAUUAUCGGUUGGACUGACAUCGUAGAGGAUGACGAAGACGAUGCAGGAUUAGCAGAGAGGUCCUCUAACCGCGAACAAGGUGGUCGCGGCAUUCUGAAGCGUCACGAGCCUUUCUUUGGUUCCACUCUGUCUAGUUCUGAGUUACUGAAAAUGGAUAACAACGCCCCUCAACAUCGACAAGCAAGAGCAGGAAGAGAAGCAUCAGGAUCAGGCGUCGAGGAGUUUGACGAUAUUGAUGAAGAUGCAAAUACAAGAACGACUCGAACUCAACAGAUGGAUCGGAGGAGUAAUACAGAUCAUGACCAGCAAGAGGAUGUCGAUUCGGAAGAUGAACUAGGAGGUCUAGGAAUAGGAAACAUCAACCACGAGAAGAGCAACGCCGCAGAUUUCGAUGAAGUGCGCAACAAAUUGCUAGGAGAAUUCGUGCGAGAAGAACAUAGGGAUAGGACGGCGCUUCAGGCACAGCCUCCGUCACCGGAGCAGAUGUGGGGGAGGUCAGCCGACGGCUUUGAGCCACCGAAAAAGCCACAGCGGCUCCGUCGGCAAGGUCAAAAGAACGCACUACGGAAUUUCGAUUCUUCUAGAUCAUAAGAAUAGAGGUGUUGAUGGUCGAAGAGAUUUUUGGUUGUAUCUUUCUCAUUUUUUUGCUAGCGUGUCACGAGUCUUGUUCUCCCUUCUCUGCUGGUUUUGUGGGUGUUCGUUGACGUGCUUUGCCCGUCGUGUCUGUUAAAAACAAGUACAGACAGCUCCUGAUGAUGUGCCCGGAUUAAACAUAUUGAUGAUCUAGAGGUCUCUUCGGCAUACGCGGCAUGUCACCACGUCUUUGAUGUUUUUGAUGUGAACCGUCUAUGAACGAUUGGAUCCAGAAGUGCCUUAGGCUGGGGGUACAUGCGCAAGUAGUGUGUAUAGCCGGUCAGAGAGUGGGCACAAGAUGUCAUCUCCUCGUGCCACAUCAUCGUUCCCGCACGGAAAGUUAUCAGGAAUUGGCCUGGAUGAUUGUGGAGGCAGUGGGCACCUACAUGAGUUUUGCUCUAGUAGAAGUAGCUCCCUGCACUUUCGCUUACCUCAAGGUUUGUCCAGAGCUGCCAGUGUCACAGAAACACUGUCAGACCACGUCUCUACGGUCACUAUGAAAGGUG